CUUGUGCCUUCCUCUCUUUUCUCGAUGUGUGUGGGUCCUAUCCAUUUGCCCUUUUCUAAUUCUUUGUUUUAAAAAAGAUUUCUUUUUAUUUCCCUUUCCUUCUGGAACUCACGAUUUCUCUUUCUCUCGCCUUAUCAUUUUACUCCAACCAGAAGCUUCCAGAAACAACAAAACCUAACUCUUUUUUCUCUCUUUUUCCUGUGAAUAUUGCGAGAUCAACGUGCUGCGUCGCUCUGUGUAAGGCGAUGGCCCUUUGCUAGGUGGCGGGUGGUAGCUAGGGCUUACAGUUUAGUAACACACGUGGUUCUGUCUCUUUGUUUGUUUGUUUGCUGAGAAAAUCUCACCUUUUAUUGUCAGCAGAAAGAAUUCGUGAUUGUUUUCUUUCAGUUAUUUUGUUGGAUCUGAUAUAUGAGUUUGAUAACUUAGUUCAACCCGGCACGCCAAAGAAUCUGUCACGAAUAGCUGCCUGUUUUUUAUGGUUCGGAUCUAAGACCGAACCCUGAUGCCAUUGCUGGUGGAACAAACCGGCGAAUCACACGCCACCGGAGGAGCGGGAGGAGACUCUCAGAGAUCUCUCCCAACUCCAUUUCUCACCAAAACUUAUCAGCUUGUCGAUGAUCCUUCCGUCGAUGACCUGAUUUCGUGGAACGAGGACGGAUCGACCUUCAUCGUCUGGCGCCCCGCUGAAUUCGCAAGGGACUUACUCCCCAAGUACUUCAAACACAACAACUUCUCUAGCUUUGUUCGCCAGCUCAACACCUACGGAUUUAGAAAGGUAGUGCCGGAUCGAUGGGAAUUUGCGAAUGAUUGCUUCAAGAAAGGAGAGAAAGGAUUACUUCGCGAUAUUCAGCGGCGGAAAAUCUCUCCCACAGGGGUUACGGCAGCAGCUGCAGCUACGGUAACCGUUGCCGCAAUUCCGCCGGUGGCACGUGUGGUUUCCCCUGCGAAUUCGGCCGACGAGCAAGUAAUUUCAUCGAAUUCGUCGCCGGCGACAACACAGGGUGCUACUCCGAAUCUCCAAACAACAAACUGUACUACGACACCGGAGCUUCUGGAAGAGAACGAGAGGUUGAGGAAAGAAAAUGCGCAGUUGAGAGAGGAGUUAACUCAGUUGAAGGGCUUGUGUAAUAAUAUAGUUGCAUUGAUGACUAAUUACGCCUCUGGUCAAUUGGAUGGUCAUAGCAAUUUGUCGGAGGGGAAGCCUUUAGAUUUGUUGCCUUCGACGAAGGUGGUGACGCGGGCGGAUGAGAUGGCCAUUAGUGGUGGCACAAAGGCAGUUGUGACGGCGACGGCAGAGGAGGGAGUAAGCCCAAAGCUGUUUGGUGUGUCGAUUGGGGUUAAGCGCGUGAGAAGGGGUGAGGAGGAGGAAGAGGAACAAGAAGUGAGUAAGUAUCAACAACAAUCACAAGAGAAUGAGCCUGUGUGCGACGUAAAAUCAGAGCCGUUGGAUGGAAAGACUGGGCACAGUGAGCAUGACGACCCGUCGUGGCUAGAGCUGGGGAAGUGAUGAUUAAUAUUUGUGAUUGGUGAUUGGAUAUUUAUUAUCUGAUGAGAGCUUGGAGAUGGACAGUGGGUGGUGACGUAAGAUGUGGCUACCACAGAAAACGAUUGCGAUGAGAGUGAGGUGAGAAGGUGGCUGAAAGACACGCGUCAUUUGUGGGACGAUUCAUUCUAGCUCCUUCUGGAAGUUGUAUUUGCCUUACGUGGAAAGUGAAUAGUCGCUGCCGUUUGUCCUUUGUGAAGACUGAAAAGUUGCACUACCCCUAGACGGUGGUGGAAGUGUAAAUAUGAGCGGCCAAAGAAAAGAAGGUUGAAACUCCAAACGGCGUCGUCUGAGAAAAGGAGAAAAGUCUCUAUUUUAUUGUGCAGGGAAAACGAGCGGUAAAAUUUGAUGAAAUAGCAUUGUAAAACACUGGUGGCUGGGUUGAAGUUUUUAGCUUGUUGAGAAAAGCAUAGAAAGAAGUUGGGCAGGCAGGUAGCUGGGUGUAAUAUUUUAACAUAAAAUUGGACAAAUUUAGAGCUCAGAACGGUUUUGUUAUUA